ACAUAUGACGUCGUCAGCCGAAGCUCGGAGGUGUUUAUUGUUCCUUCCCAUCGAAGAUAGAACGAAGACUAGCAAGGCAAAACGCUAACGAUUACCGAUACAAUUUUCAUACAGUUUAAAGUAGCGAAGCCACAGUAAACGGCCGAGGCAGGUUGACACAGGACCCAGUGGCCAUGGCAUAUGCGUACCUCUUCAAAUACAUCAUUAUCGGAGAUACGGGUGUGGGGAAAUCAUGCCUAUUAUUACAGUUCACAGACAAGCGGUUUCAGCCGGUGCACGACCUCACUAUCGGUGUGGAGUUUGGGGCGAGGAUGAUCACUAUAGACGGUAAACAGAUCAAGCUGCAGAUCUGGGACACGGCCGGCCAAGAAUCCUUCCGCUCAAUCACCCGGUCCUACUACAGAGGGGCAGCCGGUGCCCUGCUAGUGUACGACAUCACAAGAAGGGACACCUUCAACCACUUGACAACGUGGUUAGAGGACGCUCGCCAACAUUCCAACUCCAACAUGGUCAUCAUGCUCAUUGGGAACAAGAGUGACCUGGAGUCCAGGAGAGAGGUGAAGAAGGAGGAGGGAGAGGCCUUUGCCAGAGAGCACGGCCUCAUCUUCAUGGAGACCUCCGCCAAGACUGCAUCCAACGUAGAAGAGGCAUUCAUCAACACAGCGAAGGAGAUAUACGAGAAGAUUCAGGAGGGUGUCUUCGACAUCAACAAUGAGGCUAACGGCAUUAAGAUCGGGCCCCAGCACGCUGCCACCAACUCCACUCUCUCUGGUAGCCAGGGGGGUCAACAGGCCGGGGGGGGAUGCUGCUGAACACCCCUCGCCCCCAUGUCUCAUACCCCUCCCAACCACCCCACCUUGCCCCGCCCCUUGCGUUUCUACUGGACUGGUCGGGCUCACUAACAUUUUCUUAACCCCUCCCUCCCCACAGCCUUGCCAACAGAGAGUCUAAUCUUACACUAGGUGGCUGUCAGUCAAAAAUACCAAGCAAAACACGUUAAAGUACCCCGGUCCUGGGGCAAAACGCUCCCCUGUAUAAGAGCAUUGGAGCCUGUCUUGGUUGUAGAUUGAUAGGUUGUUACUAUUGUGGUAAAACAGGCAGGAUGCUUUAGGACCGGGACUCAUCAUAUCUAUCUGUACAUCUGUCAGCCAGUUGUGGAUCAUGUCUCUUGUUGUUUUUUUUUACUCCCAAGUAAGGAUUUUGUUUUGUUUUUCUUUGUGCCCUUUUGACUUAAAAGCUUAAUUGUAUUUAACACUACAAGGUUGGUCAUCGAUAGUAUUUUAAUCGGUUUCAUGUGGGAGAAAGAAAGCUUUGGGAAAGUGGGGUGAACUCGAAGUUUGAAAUAAAAGAGAAGCAACGGCCAUGUCUAAAGUGAAGUUAAAAGAAGAAAAUAGAUAAAAAGCAGGACUGUUUUCAUUCUGUAUUUAUCAGUCACAUUCUGUAUAUAUAGUUAUAGUUAUCCUUUCUUACUUUGGUGUGUGUUGACCAAGCUAGAAUUCUUUGAUGAAUUUGUUGGGGAAAUCUAUACUGUACGAAUAGAGCUUGAAACUGCAACAGUAUUGCUAAAAAAAAACUGCUUUGACACAAUUUUAAGAUAUUUUACGUAAUUGACUUUGUUUGUCCUGCCACCUGCCUUCCUCCUCUCUAUCUCUGUGCCCUAGAUCUACAAUGACUGUGUAUAGAAACUUUGGCUCAAUAUUCUGCAUCUAUCUAUUUUAAUGCCAACAUUUUGUGUUUACCUGUGUUCAAUAACCACAAACCCCAGAAUUUGAUCACCUCUGCUCGGGAAAGAGAUCGCAGCUGUUUGCCUUAACGGAAAGAUUGGGACAGCAGAAGAAAAUAUGAGAAAAACAUAAUCAGGUUGCGAAGGAAUCAUUCCAGUAACUACAUUUUGCAUAUUCUUAUACAUGCAUACAUGCUUAUAGACACAUUAUUACAUAAAACACACAUUGCAUACUCUAAAUGUAUACAUGCACAUAUUUAGAAAGUACAUGCAUGCUUAAAUGCAUACAUGUAUACUUACACACACACACAAACAAACACGCACACACAACCUGUGUAUGUCUAUUUAUACAUACAAGCCUGCAUAUAUAUAUAUAUAUAUAUAUAUAUAUUUUCUCUUCAGGAAUUUGUUUUUCAUUCAGUCCAUUGUGGAGCGGCGGUGCAGAGCAGCGUUUUCCUGUAGGUGUGUGUGAGUGGCUGUGUACAGCCUUGCUUUCUUUGGCAGUGCGUUCGGUUAGUAGAUAUUAUGGAGAACAUCUCGUCUGUCGUCAGAGGGGCGCGGGAAAAGCCAAACCUGGAGUAUCUAUGUGACCCCCUAGACGUUAUUUGCUGUGUUGGUUCUUCUUAAAAAUGAAAAAAUGAUAUCACAAACUAUAAUAAAACAUUCUAAACUGAAA